UGUCUGUGUGAGACAUGCAAGCUAUCACCACUUGAACAAAAAGAAAAAAAAGUAGUGAUUAUUUUGAAGGAAAUAAUAAUAAUAAUAAUCAUGUGUAUUGGAGGAGGAAAGAUGGUGUGUGUAACAGGUGGCUCUGGUUUCAUAGCUUCAUGGUUAAUCAACAUGUUACUUCAACGUGGUUACACUGUUAAUGCCACCCUUCGCAACAUCAAGGAUAGAAGCAAAGUUGGGCACUUGCUAGGCCUUGAUGAAGCUAAUGAGAGGUUGCAUCUAUUCGAAGCAGAUUUACUUGAAGAACAAUCAUUUGAUGCUGCCAUUCAGGGUUGUGAAGGUGUAUUUCAUACAGCUUCACCUAUUUCUUUCACUGCAAAAUCCAAGGAGGAACUAGUGGAGCCUGCGGUGAAAGGAACACUAAAUGUGCUUGGUUCAUGUGCCAAAUCACCAUCAGUGAGAAGAGUGGUUAUAACUUCCUCAACCGCUUCAAUGAUAUGUAAUCAAAAUCGUUAUAUCCCUGGAGCUGUUGCCGAUGAGACUUGGUUUUCUGAUCCAAAAUUCUGCGAACAAAGAAAACAAUGGUACAAUCUGUCCAAGACCCUGGCUGAAGAAGCUGCUUGGAAAUUUGCAAAACAGCAUGGGAUUGAUUUGAUCACACUUCAUCCAGUUCUCGUCAUUGGUCCUUUUCUGCAGCCUACCCUUAAUUUCUCAUCCGAGGCUAUGCUCAACUUCGUAACACAAGGAAAAGAAGCAUGGUCUGAUGGAAUAUAUAAAUUUGUCGAUGUUAGGGAUGUUGCUAAUGCACAUAUACUAGCAUUUGAGCUUCCUUCAGCAAAUGGAAGAUACUGUUUAGUUGGGGCAAAUGGUUACUCUUCUUCACUUUUCAAGAUUCUACAAAAGUUUCACCCUUCCAUCACUAUCCCUGGGAACUUUGAAGAAAAUGGAUUACCCGUUACCCCAACCUUCCAGAUAUCGGGGGAAAGAGCAAAAACUAUAGGCGUCAAAUAUACAUCUCUUGAAUUGAGCGUGAAGGGCACUGUUGAGAGCUUGAUCCAGCAGAAGUUCCUCAGCAUCAAAACCUAAAAUUGCAUUUGUUGUAGCAAGUUUGUAUCAUCACAGUGAUGUAUUCCUGUAUUAUCAUCUGAUGAAAAUCCCUGUCAAAUUACUAAGCUAAUAAUAAAUGCAUGUGUUCUUGAUG